UCUAUAAAAGGGAAAGCGAACGAGCGAGCUCUCUUCGAAGUUCUGCCAUCCUGUCCAAUUCUGCUGAUAUGAAUACGUUUACUGACACGUGAAUGGUAUCGACAAAACCAUGGGACCAAAGAAGCAUAGUUGGUUUUUCCCGUGACUCAAUCAGUCUGUAGUAGGCUGGCUGCUGGCAAAUCCUUGGUCGUCGAUCGUUUCUCCCAGUCAAAAAUGACACUGACACCUGACCUUCAGCAUAACCCGUAUAAACAAGGCGCGGCCUUGGUAAAGUUUAUGAACUAUCUCUCAAGGGGCUUAAUCGCAUUUAGUUUUCCCACGGUGCUCAUCAAGCUGGAAGAGCGAUAUGAGAUCCAUUCAAACAUAUCUCACUUGUGCGGCCGUUUUGAGUUCAAAGUUAGUUGUUCAGACAGAGGCUCUAGAGGAGCAAUUUCCGUGUUCCUUGAAUCAUUCUCAGGAGGCAGUGGCCUUUGCCGAAUACGCUCAUUGCCAACCCCAUUCUGUCCUUGUGCCAAUUCCGUUCCCGACCAAUGACCUAUCCAUCCAACGACUUCAUCCCAGUCACGUGUUCAUGAAACGAUGUCUUGGGAGCUGUGCAGGUCUCCGAGGAGCCUUGUGUCAACCAGGCACCAAAGAAGUGGUCAAAGUACCAGUGAUAUUGGAGAAAUGUGAGACCAACUCCGAGGAGUUGUGCCAACGAUCUUGUGCCAAUAUCGAGAUGGAGAGCCACACGUCGUGCGUUUGCGGAUGUCCUUUGCAAACAAAGGCAGACUGUCCACCCAAAAAGUUGAUUCAGGAUGAGGAUUGCUCGUGCCAAUGUGAAGACCAAGAAGGCAAGGAGGCGUGUCUCAAUCACUCGAAUAGGACUUGGGAUGACGACCUGUGUCAAUGCCGAUGCCAUACAGAUUUGCUCAGGAUCUGUCCCCAAGGUCAUGUGUUUGACUUUUUUGAUACCUGCAGUUGUGUUCUCUGGAACGAGGAUAUUUUGUUACAAGACAUGUUGACGCUCGGCACUGAGGCUGACGAGAACGAGUUGAAGGCAGCGAUUGCCUUUUCCUGGGAGCUGGUCGUCAUCAUGGUUUUGUGUUGCAUUCUCUUUGUUCUGGCCACAAUCACGGUGCUCCUCUUGAAAAGGAUCGCUUUGAUGUCUCAUAAGAGUUACUGUAAAGCCCAAUGGCCGCCUCAUCCUGACGAGGGUAUCGCAUCGGGCAAUCAAAGCCGAAGGUUGUCGCCCAUUUAUGUGGGACUCCAACAUCAAUCGCCCUAUUGAAGGAAUCCAUCCAGAGAGAACGAUGCCGUUUAAUUUAAUGUAUUUCAACAACUGUUUUAUUCUCUUUCAACGGGCUCAAAGAGGGGUUUGAUCAACUGGGAUAAAUUGUACCAAUGUUUCUACUAGAAUCAGCUCUACCGAAUGAAAUGGACAUAGAAGUAAGGCAUCUGAAGUGAAAAUAUACUUGAAGAGUUCCAUUGAACACACGAGAUGUACGUUUUGGGGAAUGCGAUUGAGUUCCUUGGGAAGCGUAAGGUCGUGGUUAUUGUUUGCAAUUUUAUGACAUGACGCCGUUUUCGAUGCCAAUCUUUGAUAUUCUUGCCAAGGUCUGCAGACCUGGACUUGAGAGGAAAGUUCACUGUU